AAAGUAUGCGUCAGAGUACAGCAGCUGUGAUGAUAUCAUAGACGCUGAUAUCACAGAUCUAUAAAAUUAAUUUAGACAUACGUUUGAAUAUAAUUUGACAUUACGAUGAAGUCAUGGAGUAAAUGUGGCAGUUUUGCAUUUUUAGCGAACGCCUGCUGUGACUCGUUUAAAAGUAAUUUGAUAUCACGAUGAGAUCAUUUAAUAAUUUUACAAAGUCAGUGAUAUCAAAUAUACAUGUGAAUCUUACAAGGGCCGAUUUAUGACAGCUAAGAAGACUUUAGACAUGUAUCAAAUGAUACACUGUGAAUAACAUUUAAAGUGAUGGUGACAUUAUAAAAUGACAAGAUCGCGAUGCAUCCCAUCAGUCUAUGCAGUCAAGCACAUUGUAAAAAUGGAGCAAACGGAGCGCGAUUUGGUGGAGCAAUCCACUCGAUUGAAUACGCAUAAAGAGUAUAUGGCGUGGGAGCAACGUUGUAUCGAGUUCAUCGAAUCGCUAGAUGGACGCAGCCGCAGUAAAUAUCCGCGAUUGUCAAUCGGCGGAAGACAAUCUGUGAUCGCUUGUAUCAUGCGACUAGAAGGUUUGAAACAAAUGAUGCGUGGGCGGUUUGUGCAAAUGGGCGCUGGAUAUAGUGCAGGACUCCAAUGGCGUGAGAUAGAUACAGUUUUUGAAAGUCGUAUACUGACUGGUGCUGUGAUUAAUUUCGAACACAUUGAACCGUAUCAAUUUCUAGAGGAUGCGCGAGAAAUUGUGCUUGAGCACGUGCAAAGUGUCAUGCAGAGACAUGGCAACGUAAAGAUAAAUGCUAUUUUUAAUGGUGAAUUUGUGGUGGGUGACAAACGCGCUAAUAAGUGUAUCACAACAAGAAAUUAUGAACUCUUUCAAUGCUCCGAUUUGCAUGAGUGGUACCAGUUACACGUCAUCGAGAUAAUCCUAGCAUCGUUGGAGGAAUUCCAAGAACGUGAUAGCGGAUGGGCGUUGUCGCGUAUACUAAAUUUAACAAUAAAUAUAAACAAAUAUAACCCUUUGCAUGCAGGAUGCAACAUCCAGUUACCAAGUAAAAUUAUGAUGAAGAAAGCGGUAAUUAAUGUAAAAUCAAAUGACAAUGCAUGUUUUGCAUGGUCAGUGGUGGCCAGUCUGCAUCCUGCUGAAAGGAAUACAGAUCGAGAAUCUUCAUAUCCACAUUAUUCUACGGUAUUAAAUCUGAAAGGCAUUGAGUUUCCAAUGACACUGCCACAAAUUAAAAAGUUUGAAAUUCUCAACAAAAUCUCCAUUAAUCUAUACUGCAUCGAGGAGAAGAAAUUAUCUAUUUUUCCUAUACGACUCACCGAACGAAAAAUGGACAAACAUAUAAAUCUGCUAUACGUGCAGGAUGACAAUGUGGGACAUUUUGCGUUGAUAAAGAAUAUGUCCCGUCUCAUGAGUUCACAACUCAGUAAGAAAAAGAAUAAGAAAUUCUUUUGUGAUCGAUGUCUACAUUAUUUUAGUUCGAACGACAAGUUGGAAAUUCACACAAUGGACUGUGGAAAGAUAAACGAUUGCGCUAUCAUAUUACCAAGCGAAGAUGACAAAUGGCUGAGCUUUAAAAAUUACUGUCGAAAGGAACGAAUGCCGUUUAUCGUAUACGCCGAUUUGGAAUGCAUCCUGGAGAAAACUGAGGAUGAGAAAAAUUACCAGCAUCAUCGAGUAUUUAGCAUAGCAUAUUAUGUACACUGUGCGUAUGACAAUUCUCUAUCAAUGUAUCGGUUUCAUCGCGAUAAGAAUUGUAUCGCAUGGUUCGUCGAGCAACUUAAAGAUUUAGCACAAAUUGUAAAUAAUAUUCUGUCGGUUAAUGUUCCCAUGGAUUUAACACAAGACGAUUGGAAAAAAUUUAACAACGCUACACACUGCCACAUUUGUGAAAAACCAUUUACGAAUGAAAUAGAACGGGUACGCGAUCAUUGUCAUUUAACCGGUCGAUUCAGAGGUGCAGCGCAUUCAAAUUGUAAUUUAAAUUACAAAGAUUCGCAUUAUAUUCCUAUAGUUUUCCAUAACUUAUCUGGCUACGACGUGCAUUUUAUCAUCAAGGAAAUAGCUACAGCAUAUGAAGGACGAAUAGAUUUACUUCCGAUAACAAAAGAAAAAUAUAUUUCGUUUACAAAAAAUGAUCAGAAAAAUUGCAUAAAAUUAAGAUUUAUCGAUUCUUUCAAAUUUCUCGCAUCUAGUCUCGAUAAAUUGGCAUCUUUUCUUAGUAAAGAUAAGCUAUGCAUAAUGCAACGGGAAUAUAGUAAUUUAUCAACAGAAAAUUUCGAUCUGUUAACACGAAAAGGUGUCUUCCCAUACGAGUAUGUUGACUGUGUGGAAAAAUUGGAAGAGUCAUGUUUGCCACCGCGCGAAUUAUUUUACAGUUCAUUGACGGGUGACACAGUAUCCGAGAGCGAUUACGCGCAUGCUGUCAACGUGUGGCAGCGGUUCUCCAUCCGAUCGCUCGGAGAUUAUAGCGAUUUAUACUUGAAAACUGACGUACUGUUGUUGGCUGAUAUCUUUGAGAAUUUUCGCGAUAGUUGCAUCAUGAGUUAUGGACUCGAUCCCGCGUAUUAUUAUACUUUACCCGGUUUUACGUGGGAUGCAAUGUUGAAAUAUACACAUGUAAAUUUCGAACUGCUAACAGACAUUGACAUGAUCAUGUUCAUCGAACGUGGCACACGUGGUGGUCUGAGUCAAUGUUCAAACAGGUACGCACAAGCCAACAACAAGUACAUGAAGUCAUACGAUCCAUCGAAAUCAUCAUCGUACCUGAUGUACUUUGAUGUAAAUAACUUGUAUGGUUGGGCAAUGUGUCAGCCAUUACCAUACAAAGAUUUUCGAUGGGUAGAUGACAUAACAAAUUUUAACUUUAUGGACAUCGCGCUAGAUUCUCCAACAGGUUACAUUCUUGAAAUAGACUUAGAAUAUCCACAACAUUUACAUGAUGCGCACAUUGACCUACCGUUCUGUCCAAUGCGUGAUAAACCGCCCGGUAAGCGGCAGGACAAGCUCCUCGCAACCUUAUACGAUAAGAAACGUUACGUCAUACAUUAUCGUAACCUGCAGCAGUGUACUCGUCACGGCCUUCGAGUAACAAAAAUACAUCGCAUAUUACAGUUUGCACAAUCACCAUGGCUUCGCGAUUAUAUUCAGUUAAAUACAGAUUUCAGAACAUGCGCCAAAAACAAUUUCGAAAAAAAUUUAUACAAAUUAAUGAACAACGCGGUAUUUGGCAAAACCAUGGAGAACGUGCGCAAUCACGUCGAUGUGCGACUUGUGACAAAAUGGAAAGGCAGAUACGGCGCGGAGACAAUGAUUGCUAUGCCAAAUUUCCACAGUCGUAGUGUCUUUUCAGAGAAUUUGGUUGCAAUCGAAAUGCGUAAGCUUGAGGUGAAAUUUGACAAACCAAUCUAUGUGGGUAUGUGCAUCCUUGACAUAUCUAAGACAUGUUUGUAUGAAUUUCAUCAUGAAUACAUGGCGCCGAUGUUUCGCGAGAAAUGUAAAAUUAUGUAUACUGAUACAGAUAGCUUAAUAUAUAACAUUGAAUGUGAUGACGUAUACGAAAUUAUAAAGCGUGAUAUUAAUAAAUUUGACACAAGUGAUUACGCGGUUGAUAAUACAUACGGUAUUCCGCUUGCUAAUAAAAAAGUGCCAGGUUUAAUGAAGGAUGAAAACAAUGGUGCGAUCAUGACCGAAUUCGUAGGGCUUAGAGCAAAGAUGUAUGCCUUGCGCGUUGAUGGUAAAAACGACACGAAGAAAGUCAAAGGAAUCAAGAGCAACGUUGUGGCAAAAUCGAUAACUUUCGAUGAUUACACGCGAUGUUUACAUGAUGAGAUUGAAAUGACACGACAACAGUCAAGUAUUAGAUCAAAAUUGCAUGAGGUGUAUACUAUAUCCGAAACGAAAAUUGCUCUUAGUCCGUAUGACGAUAAGCGAUAUAUUAUGUCAGAUUCUAUUGACACGUUGCCUUGGGGACAUUAUAAAAUACCAAUGUAAAUAAAGCACUUAAUUUGUAUAAUAUAUGUAUAUUUGUGUAAUUGUAAUAAAAAUUACAAAUAUCUUGUAAAUAAGUAAUACAUUUUUUACAAUACAUUAUCCUUGUGUAUCCACGAAUUGUGUGAAUUAUCAAAUCCCAGCCAUUUCACAUAAACCUCAUCCCCUCUUUUGCGUAAAAUUUUUUCAACGAGAUACAAGUUAGAAUUACCGACUCGCUGAAGCUCAUAUUCGUAAAAUCCACCGCUGAUAUGUUUUUCACAGGAAUCCUUCAAUAAAUACGUCACGGGAUUAGUUCUCUGCACUUUGGCAAUUUUAAAUAUCUCCGUAGUCCAAUUCGGUGUAUAACCUUUAUCAAAAAUGGUCUUAAAUUUGCUCACGCGUACCGAUUCACCCACUUUGAACCGCGCGGGUGCAGCAAUUUUUAUGCGACUAUACACAGUGGAUAAGAGUUUUUCGGCAAUCGCAGGGGUAACAUUGAUAGGUCGCAUACCAAUAGUACGAUGCCUUCGCGAGUUGUAUUCUAAUACGAGACGUGGUAACAAAUCGAUCCAUUUAUAAUUUCCAUUAAGCGUAAACUGCUUCCACAUGUCGUUCUUUAAUGAACGGUUGAACCGUUCAACGACUGAUGCCUUCAUUACGGAAUAUGUCGAAUAAUGAUUGAUAUUAUGUUUUUUCAAUAGUUUCUGUACCGUGGCGUUGUAAAAUUCUUUUCCUCUGUCAGUCUGCAAAUUUUUUGGACAUCUUUCAUCGUCUCGUAUUAUCUUUGCAAUCGCAUUAACCACUUCAUUGCCACUCUUGGCCUUGAGAGGCACAGCCCAUGCAUACUUGCUCAAUACAUCGAUAACGGUGAGUAUGUAAUGGUAACCUCGGUUAAAUCUCAUGUAAGGUCGCAUCUCAACCACAUCCGCUUGCCACAGGUCA